GUGGAAGAGUUGCACCAAAGGGACAUGACUAUGAAUUUCAUAAGAUUUAAUGCGUUCGAAAUAUCACUAACAAUGUGUAGUUUUAAAACUUCGCCUCGAUGAAAUUUAUACAGCAGGUGGGUAUUAUAUCUAGAUUCGUUGCUAUAUUUCUCGUAUCUUAACACCAAGAAUAUUCGGUAGUUAGAAUAUCUCACCAACCUUACCCGAAUAGGAGUGAGUCAGACCAGCAUGCAGGAGCUGAAUGCCGUAUCCGUUUUCGCAGUACCUUAUCUAAACAGCACGACUUAAGAGUGCUAGUCGUUUCUUUCUUUACAACUUCAUCUUUACCACCAGCGUCCUUUUUCAAGCAUACUUCUUUUUCUCGUGCCAUCGACUCGCAUUAGCCGAAAUUCACUAUGGCUACCGCUACCCUCCAAACAAUCCCUACCCCAAUCGUCACAACGGACAAAUGCUUCAUACGGGCUUAUGCCCCUAGCGAUGCCGCACCCAUGGCGGCAGCGGCAAACCAUCCCGAGAUCGUUGCCUACAUGCGCAACCGCUUCCCUCACCCUUAUACAUUGGAGAGCUCCGAAUUCUGGAUCAACUUCUCUAUAAAUGCUACUCCCAUAGUAAACUUCGGCAUCUUCAACCUAGAUGGGACCUUCGCGGGCGGUAUAGGCUUAACGCCUGGUCAGGAUAUCGAAUCCCGUACCUGGGAGGUCGGCUACUGGGUUGCUAUGGAUUUCUGGGGCAAGGGUAUCGCGACGAGCGCUCUUAUGGGAUUUUCGGAAUGGGCCUUUAAGGAGUUUCCCGAGCUUAUCAGGCUGGAGGCCGGUGUCUUUGAUGGCAAUUUUGGGAGUAUGAAAGUGCUGGAGCGAGUGGGUUAUACGAAAGAGGGAGUAAGGAGGAAAGCUAUCUAUAAAUACGGGAAAUCCGUUGACCAAGUACUAUACAGCUUGCUUAGGGAGGACCUAGAAAAAUUGGAGUGAAUUUGAAUACCUGCUUAGGUAUUUAUCACCCCUACAAGCUGUUUGAAGCGGACUCCAUUGUAGCCUCUAAUAUCGUUCAAGCACUACUUUAUCGAAAAGUUGCAGGAACCUGGCGACGGGAUUAAUGGGAAGAGCUAUUGGGCUGGCCAUUGACUGGGAAUGAAUCCGAUACCUAGGCUCAUCUACGUCUAACUAGGGGAUUUUACAAGUUGAUUCAUAUUAGUUCCGAGGCGAUGAUUGCUCCUAUUAGUUUUCUGGCGUGGUACCUAAAUGUGUAUGCUAAAUGUUCUCUGGUGAGUUGUUAUAUAAGGGCUCGCUGUGUAUUCGUUCGUCCUAGUUCAAGCCUCGUUAGAUACUCACUAACCCUUACCAAGUACUUAGGUAGUA